UUUGUUUCAAAAAUAUUAUUAUACUCGAUCGUGUUUUAACAGAAUGUACAUGUAUGGAUUAAUUAGUGACAAACUUAUUUAACAAAAUCAUUCUACAUAAUAUUGAUAAGAGAUUUUGAAAAUGGUAAAACAACUCAUUAUUUUGAUACCGGCUUAUCGGAGCAAAAAGAAGGAACAAGUACAGACCUUAAGAACUAUAGAUAGCUAAGACGUUACAUACUAGUAGAUUACAAAAGAGAAUUUGCAAAUAGUCGAUAUUCAUUAUGAACUCAAUUCCAACACAAUUCUCCACAAACUCAAAGUGAGGCAUUAUGGUGACACAUGAGAAUACACACAGAAGAGAAAUGUUUUAAAAGUUGCGAAAGUGGGUGUAUUUCGAAGAGAUAUUAAAAGUGACAUUGAACAAUACCGGUAUAUAAAGAAAAUAUUAGGAAUCUUGUCACAGUUCUCAUCUGAAGAAACACAUUAGAAUUCGUACAGGAACAAAAUGACUUUAAAUUAUGCAUGUAAUCAUACAGGACAUGUAAAGAAGGAACUGGAAAAACAUGCAGGAGAGAAACGCUUUAAAUGUCCUUUUUGUGAUUAUGCUUCUGAUCACAGCAGUCAUAUGAAGAGACAUAGGAGAAUACAUACUGGAGAAAAAUAUUUUAAAUGUGGUGUGUUAUGACGACAGUAGUCUGAAGAGACAUAGAAGAAUGCAUACUGGAGAGAAAUGCUUUAAAUGUGAUGUUUGUGACUAUGCGUGUAAACACAGCAGUCAUAUGAAGAGACAUAGGAGAAUACAUACUGGAGAGAAAUGUUUUAAAUGUUAUGUUUGUGACUAUGCUUGUAAUGACGGCAGUAGUCUGAAGAGACAUAGGAGAAUACAUACUGGAGAGAAAUGCUUUAAAUGUGAUGUUUGUGAUUAUGCUUGUAAUGACGGCAGUCAUCUGAAGAGACAUGUAAUAAUACAUACUGGAGAGAAAUGCUUUAGAUGUGAUGUUUGUGACUAUGCUUGUAAUAACGGUAGUAGUCUGAAGAGACAUAGGAGAAUACAUACUGGAGAGAAAUGCUUUAAAUGUGAUGUUUGUGACUAUGCUUGUAAUAACGGUAGUAGUCUGAAGAGACAUAGGAGAAUACAUACUGGAGAGAAAUGUUUUAAAUGUUAUGUUUGUGACUAUGCUUGUAAUUACGGCAGUAGUCUGAAGAGACAUAGGAGAAUACAUACUGGAGAGAAAUGCUUAAAAUGUGAUGUUUGUGACUAUGCUUGUAAUUACGGCAGUGAUCUGAAGAGACAUAGGAGAAUACAUACUGCAGAGAAAUGCUUUAAAUGUGAUGUUUGUGACUAUGCUUGUAGUGACGGCAGUAGUCUAAAGAAACAUAGAAGAAUACAUACAGGAGAGAAAUGCUUUAAAUGUCAUGUUUGUGACUAUGCGUGUAAAGACAGCAGUCAUAUGAAGAGACAUAGGAGAAUACAUACUGGAGAGAAAUGCUUUAAAUGUGAUGUUUGUGACUAUGCUUGUAAUGACGGCAGUAGUCUAAAGAAACAUAGAAGAAUACAUACAGGGGAGAAAUGCUUUAAAUGUGAUGUUUGUGACUAUGCUUGUAAUUACGGUAGUAGUCUGAAGAGACAUAGGAGAAUACAUACUGGAGAGAAAUGCUUUAAAUGUGAUGUUUGUGAUUAUGCUUGUAAUGACGGCAGUAGUCUAAAGAAACAUAGAAGAAUACAUACAGGGGAGAAAUGCUUUAAAUGUGGUGUUUGUGACUAUGCUAGUAAUGACAGCAGUCAUAUGAAGAGACAUAUAAGAAUACAUACUGGAGAGUAAUGCUUUAAAUGUGAUGUUUGUGACUAUGCUUGUAAUGACGGAAGUGAUCUGAAGAGACAUAUAGCAAUACAUACUGGAGAGAAAUCCUUUAAAUGUGAUGUUUGUGACUAUACUGGUAAAGACGGCAGUAGUGGA